AUGGAACCAGAGGAGAACGAUCAAGCGAGCAUUCUCGAACAACUAGGCCUCGGCGGUGACAAAGACGACGACAACGACGUUGCCACCACCCGUCGCACCAGCACCUGGGACUGGAAGAAGAAGAACAUCUUGAGAGCAACAAUGCUCCUCAACGUCAUGAACGCGCCCCAGUCCUAG